AUCAAAUAAGACCUAGAAAGUAGAUCUACUCUAGAUUCUGGAUCUUUAUUUUUGAUCUAGCACUGAAAGUCUAGAUCUAGUCUAUUCAAGAUCUAGAUAUAGAUCUAAGUCAGUAGAUUUAUCUAUCUAGAAUAGAUGUAUAUCUAUAAUAAAUAUAAAUAAUAGAGUUAAAGAUCUAGUUCUAGAUCAAGUACUGAAGUAGAAUAGUAGAUCUACUACUAGAUUACUAGAUUUUUAGAUCUGAAGUCAGUGAAGUUUGACGGUAUCUGACCAGUCACCAGUGGCACAGCGGCUGGCAGUAACAUAACAAUUAAUUUAAUAUAAUAAUUUAAAUACUAGAUCUAAUACUAAUAAUAACAUUGGACUUGGCCCACACUCACAUUUUCAGUAAUGUGGUUAUUAGUUUCUGUUUCACAGCCAGAUUUGAAAUUUGUCAUUGUUGGAGACCAUCAGUAUGUUGUUGGACGACAGAACUGUGACAUUGUCAUUCCUGAUGCAUCCGUCAGUCGUAAACAAGCAAUUCUUACCAUGGCACAUUAUGAAUCCAAUGUUGCCAAGUCAUUUAUCACACCAACUUUGACUCUAGAGGACGUCUCAAAGUUUGGUACAUUUGUGAAUGGCAAACAAGUGAAGAAUCCUGGUGGAAACACAAUCACACUCAAACAUAAUGAUGAAAUCAAAUUUGGUGGGGCACAAGCUUCUAUUUUUAGAGCUGUUUAUGAAUCUUUUAUUGCCACUACAUCCUGCUUAGAGAAAGCACCCAAGAAAUGUCUUCAUAAAGUAAUGUGCUUGCUUGGCGGCCAUGUUGUCAGAGAUUGGCGUCCAACCUGUGACUUACUAAUCAUGUCCAAUAUAAAUGUUACCAUUAAGGUCAUUUGUGCAAUAAACAACCAGAAACAUAUUGUGACACCCAAAUAUCUAGACGACCUUUACUCUUACCAUAGAAAGCAGACAGAGAAACCUAAUCCAGUAGAUUACUUACCAAAGGUCGUAGACCAAGAGGUUCCCCAAGGUGUUUCAUUUCAUCCCAAUGCCAAGAGAGCCACAUUGUUGGAAGGACUGAAGUUUUAUUUUCUCUCAGCCAUUCAGUUUAAUAAAACCAACUUGGCUGUUUCUACUGCUGGCGGUCAACCUAUCUUGCUAGAAGAUGGCACAGAAGAAGAUGCUGACACUAUGACGCAAGAUUGUACAGUUGUGGUAGCAGUCACCAGAGACAUUCUGGUCACAUUAAGUCCAAGCUGUCAAAAGUUUGUCAAGCUGGUCUAUAGCACUUUGAAAAGGAAAAGUUUAAGAAUGGUGACAGAUCCUGAAAUAGGUUGGUCAAUACUGACCUGUAAUACAGAAGACUUCUGCAACCCCAGGUCACCCAUAACUCCCAGCAUGCUGUCGGCAAUGGCAAGUCAAAGUUUAAGUCAGAUGACUGAGAUGGAUUCAUCUCGUGAUACUCAAUUAAAUGACAACAGAUCAUCAAAAAGACUUAGUGCAACGUCAGGUGAUAUAGGAAAUACAUUGAAGGAAUUUUGUGAACCACAAGUCAUGAAAGUGAAGAGCGACCUCCUAUCACAAGACUGCUCCAGUGAUGCUUCAACUGACAUAGGAAAUCCAACAACAAAGAGAAUUAACAAUGAUGCGACUAAAUCACCUCUCUUAGAGAAAAAGAACAAAGAUGUGACUCUAGAAGACAAAUUGUCUGACAAUGUCAAUAGAAUGAAAUCUGACUCUGACUCUAUUGAGGAAGCACAAACUGUUCUGAAUAUUGAAGAUAAAUUCAAGAGUUUGAAAUCUCCUGUCACCCAUGGGGGUGAAAAAAGCGAUAAUAUUAGAUUAAAUUUAAUCAGGGAGCCAUCUCCGCCUAAUGAUAUGGGAAAUGUUUUUGCUCGUCAGAAGACGAAAAAGAAUUACAAGGUGAAAAAGUUUAGUAGAGAUGAUUCUGAUGAUGAUUCAUUUGACUGUAAGACAAACAGACAGAAAAGAAAGCCCUUGUUUGUAGAUGACGACGAGGAGUGCAAUAUUUCCAAAACCAGAAAAAAGGAAGUCGUUUUUAAAGAAGAAAGUGAUGAUGUUUAUAAAACUUUCAUGAGAGACAAUGUCUGUAAAGAAAAAACAGAUGGUAAUUCUAAAACUCUUAAAGAAUAUGAUACUGUCAAGGGUAAAGAGGAUGAAGUAACAUUUAAGGAAAAGAAAGUUGAUAAUGAUUUUGGCAACCUAGAGGCCAUUGACAAUGAUGUUAGUGAACUGUUUUAUGAUCCCUUAGUUGAAGAGGAAAUUCAUACCCCUUCACGUUGGGAGCUAAGUUCACAUCCAACUGUUGUGUCUGAAGGUUGGAUUAAUAAAAAGGUGAAAGCCUGUGAUAGUGAUAUAAAGCUUGAUGUCAAACCUGAUCCUGAACUGUUGUGUGACAAAGAAGGUAAUUUAUUACGUAAUAUGUGUGAGGUCCAGGUGGUUGAACUGGUUUCACACCAGCCACGUAAAUCCAAGCUCCCUGCAGCACCUUCUGAAGCAGGGGUAAAGAACUUUAAAAAGUUUAGGAAGACAGAAAAUAUUGGUUCUAAGAAACUGCCAACUAUUAUUGGCAGAAGAGAUCUUGAAGUUUACUUGGGCAGCAAACACAAGGAAAUAGAAGAUAUGUUUUCUAAUGAAUUGGCACUUGAAAAUGAAAGACAAAGAGAAGAGAAAAGAACUAGAGAUUAUUUUAACUGGGACGAUGAGCCCAAGAAGCCAGUUCGUCGUAGAGCAAGAUAACUUUCCAGAGGAGCUGGAAGUGUGGUUUUGAUGUUUUUGAUGUAAAUACUAUUCUAACUUGAACUACAUUGCAAAAUUGAUUGUGACAUUUUCUUUGUAGGUCUUUCGGAAAUGAUGUAUUACAAAUAGCUUUAUAUACACCAAUAAACUGUACAGAGAUCUCA